AUGGUGCUGUUGGAGCUGUGCAGGGACGGGAGGCAGAGUUUCUAACAGCGAAAGCCAGGAAAACACCGAAACACUGAGAUGACCCAGAGUCCGACAAUCGCUGUGGAUUAGAAAAAGAAACUUUUACGAUGGCUACGAACUAUCACGUGAAGAAGUGACCAACACAUUCAUCAGAGAGGGACCCAAAGCUUGCUACUACUUAGAUGCACACGCACAGCUAUGAGCGAGCUGAGCUCCGAUAAGCCUGGCUGCAUUCGUAAUUUCUCCGUGUUUUAACAGAACCUGUCUCAUUAAACAUUUUACUACUUUCGUUGCUUUUAAUUCUAUUCGACACCUGGCAGCUUCGGUUUUAAAACAGAGAAUUAUGGCGGGGAAGGUGACUGCACAAGGCACGGGGAUAUUGCUGGUAACAGCCAACGUUGGAUCGCUCUUUGAAGAUCCUGAAAACCUGCAGAAAACAUGGCUUCGGGAGUUCUACCAGACGGUGCAUUCAUGUAAACCACACUUUAUUGCGCUGCAUUGCCAAGAAGUGGGAGGAAAGAACUAUGAAGAGUCCAUGUCACACGUGGACAGCUUCAUCAAAGAGCUGCUGUCCAGUGAUGCCAUGAAAGAGUACAACAGGGCCCGCGUCUACCUCGACGAGAACUACAAAUCCCAGGAGCAUUUCACGGCGCUGGGGAGUUGCUACUUUCUUCACGAAGCCUUGAAAAACAUCCAGCAGUUUGAUUUUAAAGCCAAGAAAUUCAAGAAGGUGAUGGGGAAAGAGAUCUACUCAGACACACUAGAAAGCACUGCCAUGCUGGAGAAGGCAAAGUUCCCACAGGAGUACUUCCCUGAGUGCAAGUGGUCCAGGAAAGGAUUCAUCAGGACCCGAUGGGCACUAGGUGAAUGCACCUUCGACCUGGUGAACAUUCACCUCUUUCACGACGCCUCCAACCUGGUGGCCUGGGAGAAGAGCCCGUCCGUGUACUCCGGCACGCGGCAGAAGGCCCUGGGCUACGUCCUGGACAGGAUUACAGACCAGAGGUAUGAAAAGGUGCCAUACUUUAUCUUUGGAGACUUCAACUUCAGGCUGGACUCCAGGCAAGUUGUUGAGACCUUGUGCUCCUCAGCUACAAUGCAGACUGUCAGAGCAGCGGACACCAACGAAGUCGACAAGUUAAUAUUCCGGGAGACAGACAAUGAUCGGAAGGUCGUUCUUCAUCUCGAAAAGAAGCUGUUUAGUUAUAUUAACCAAGAUGUUUUCCGGGAAAACAAUGGAACCCAGCUGUUAGAGUACGACAAAGAGCUGUCGGUAUUUAAGGACCGCCUGAACGAGCUGGAGAUCGCCUUUCCUCCCAGUUACCCGUACAGCGAGGACUGCAGUCAGGGGAAAGAGUACAUGAACACGCGCUGCCCCGCCUGGUGUGACCGCAUCCUCAUGUCCUCCUCUGCCAAGGACCUGGUCCUGAAGCCUGAAAAUGAGGACAAAACUGUGAUUUAUAACAACAUUGGGCCCAACGUCUGCAUGGGAGAUCACAAGCCUGUCUUCCUGUCCUUUCGAUUAACAACAGGGGCAGGUAAACCUAAUGCAAAUAAACACACGUGUUGUGUUGUGCAGUGAUGUCGUGGGAAGCGUUGCCAAAGGUCAGAGAAGAUUUUGCGAGAAGCCACCCUCCAGGACCACACGAGCAAUGGAAGCAAUGCCAAACCCAACGAACUUUUUCAGCCCUGCCGAUAAACGAACCCCUCGGCUCGGCACCUCUACGCUGCCCGUUUCAGUCACAAAGACGCGCACAUCUGGACUCCCCGCUCAAGAGGACGCCGAAAAAAAAUUAAAUAAAAUCUGGACCACGCCCGAGGGAAGCCUUGCUGACCUCACCAACUUGUCUCUUCCAGUGACUGACCCCAGAACUCUGGACAGACUCGCACAUCGCACUCUUUUUUGCCAAAACUCUAAUAUAAAAAGUAAAAAAUUACUACAUAUUUUUAGAUACCAUAUUUACAAUUUUUAGAUACACCUCUACAUAAAAGCUAUACUUCCAUUCAGUAUCUAAGUUGUUUUAAAAAGUGCAAUGCAAAGAGUUGUAUAUCUAUAUUGGUAGAUUUAUUUGUACAUUCGAUUGUAUCAGUAGAGGUUAUUUGCUGGUUUUUAGUGCCGUUUUCUCUCUCCAGACCACACGCAGUCCCUGUGCUAGAUUAGAUAGGUAUUUUCACGUCAUUGAUUUUGUCGUUGCUGAUUUGUGUGCGUAGCCUACUACACACUGCCGAGCCUCACGCAGCAGACGCUUCUCAUUUUGUAUACUUUAAAAGAUAAUUUAUAAUUCUUACCAAAAUUAAUGUUGAAGUAACGAUAUCUUACUGUGUGACUGCUUCGGUGUCCUAUCAAUUGUCAGGACCUUUAAAUCGAGCAAUUAAAAAAAAAAAUCAGCCAGUAUGAAUUAUAUAGCCUAUCAAGGGUGUUUUAAGCAGUGCCAUAGAUCAUGCAAGUAUAUAAGAUAUUGUUUAUCACAUAUAGCAGUCUCACUUAUUCUUAUUCUAACUUAUUUCUAUGUAAUAAUAUUAUGGUUCUGAAUGUGAUGUUUUUAGAUAGGUCUGGAUAUCUUUUAAAAUUUGUAAACGGUUUUUGUCUAUUUUUGUUACUGCAUAACGGUGCCAAGUAUUGUAUACUGAAACAAAGACGUGAGAGACAUAACGUAGUUUAAUCCACCUGCAGGUAAAGGUCUGCUCACUUAUGAAUUGUACAUAUUCUUAAGCCAGAAAGGAAGAGGAAAAGUUGCUUUUUAAUUUUGUAUGUAGCCUUCUGCAGCCUUCAGUGCGGUGUUGCAAAUAAUUUCCUCGCUCGUUACAACAUUAAACAGCGCUUAGAGAGCCUGUUGAUGAAACACAAACGUUUCUUUUAUUGAUUUAAUUUAGUACACUACAGAGUUCACCAACUGUGUGAAGCCAUCAGAUUGACGCUUGAUUUUUUCAGCUAAAUCACCCCAAGUGGAAACGAUUUUGUGCCUGCCUCGGAAUUUAUGUCGUAUUGACAGUGUGAUUUGGUCCAUAGACAAAACUGCUUGUAAACUUUUUUUGCAGGUCACGUGACAGCUUGGGAAUGCCGCGGUGUUUUAGCUCUUUUCUUCUGUCGAUGGAGGUUCAACUCCAUGAACGAAAUGACCGCAGCAGUAGGAUGUGUGGCUCUGAAGCAAUAAAACUAUUAGAACUAAA